UUUCAGAUGGUUGAAGAAAAUGAGACAGGGACGCCGGGAACAAGUCGAACUGUGACAUUUCACGACGGAAGAAAAUUAACUGACGCGGAACACUUUGUAUUUUUCAAAGUUAAAGAAGUUAUUGCAGAUAAAGUUGCAGAGGCGGAAAUUCUAGAAUCUAUUCGAAAACGCAGUGAGUGCAAACCAACGGAUGAGCAAUUCAUCUCUGAUAUUAUUAACGAAUUAUUUUAUUCUGGAGAACCCCCAAAGGGAAGAAAAUCAGAGAGAUUUAUUGGCCCUUUGUUUGAUCCAGAAAAGGCUUCGACUGCUUCAGGCCCCAUGGAUUGUACCGAUGUGGUUUCAUACGAUUCGACUCAUCCUAAUAUCUCAGAAAUUUCAAAAAAGGAAGAGGUUGAAAUGCAAUCUGCAAUUCAACAAUCACUCGCUUCUUCUGCUUCUCAGAACAUAUCAAGACCAACAAUGCUGAUGUCGAAUUUAGAGGAUAUGGUUCGAAAUCCAAACUUUUCAACCGGUCUUUACAAUUCUGGCAACACAUGCUGGCUCAAUUGCCUUUCUCAGGUGCUCUACAGCAUUCCAAAGUUUCGGUCGAUUCUAUAUCACUGUGCUCCAUUAAGUUGGCACGAACAACCGAUUACCAACGUGAAAAUAGAAAAUCAACAGCACGCCGAGCUUCUAAUGUUGUUCCGAGGACUUUUUGCAGAGUUGCAGUUUUCUGAAAUGAAAUAUAUCGAAGUUGGACCAUUAAUAAAUAUGGUGGACAAACUCUCUAAAAGUUCUAAAGGACCUUCUACGAUUGGAACACAACAAGAUGCUACUGAAAUGCUCACCUUGAUCUUCGAUUGGCUACAGAGAGCAUUUGAUGCUGCACUUCAUGCUCAAUUAAAUCCAGAAUUUUCGAAUGUUUCCGACGAAGAAAACUUGGUAAUCAGUGAUUCAACUACAACAGCUCCAAAUAGUGACAUCAUUGGUGCACCACCUGGAUAUAAUGCAGCCAAUCUAUCACUUCCUUCAUCAAGUCAUGUUGAUCCGAAAUCUACAUUGAAUCCAAUGUAUGUUAAUGAAAAGGAACCUUCGUCAACACCUACAAGCCUUUUCGGAACUCGAUCAAAAACUAUAGAAGUUAAUGAAUCAAUGGACACUGAAGCUGCUACUUCAUCUAAUCUUCCAGGGAAUUCAGUUGAAAAUCAUCCAAAUCCUGCUGCUCCUGAAGUAGAUGAUAAUAAGAAAGCAUUUUGUGAUAAGCUCAAAGAAAGUUUCAACAACAUAUUUUCUUCAGUUUGCUAUACUGAAUCAGUAGCAGAAGAUGGAACUGUCUCCGUUAAAAGCAACGUUCGAAAUUGUCCACAAUUCUUUCAACUUCAAGUCACAUAUGGAAAUCUGCACGAUGCACUUGAAGCAGCCACUUUCGAUCACGGUCUUGGCAAUACUGCUUCUCAUGUUCGCAAUUUGUAUGAUCCUCUACCAGCUGUCAUAUUCUUUGGACUUUCAAGGUUUAGCUUCAAUAGCAACAUUGAGAGUAAACUACAUGACAAGUUUACAUUUCCAAAAAUAAUAUUUAUGGAUCGUUAUCUGAAGUGUAACAAAGAACAGUUAGUCCAACUUAGAAGCCAUCGGGAGUUGUGUCGCGAUUCGCUUUCUGAAGUUCGAGCCAAACUCAGUGGAUUACGGAGAUAUCCUCAAGGAAAUGGAGAAGUCAGAUUAGAAGAUUCUUUUCAAACUGUUUGGCAGGCAGUUUCUAAUUUCAGAGACAGAGAAGAUGCACAUGAAAACACUGCAUUUGUUGGCCCUCUUACUCCAUCAACCUAUCAGUCGUCUAGUGAUAAUUGUAGUUCGAAGUUCGUUAAAGAUGGUGGGAAACUAUUUCCAACCUUCACGGAAGGCUUCUUUCCCGGAAAGGCUGCAUUUAUCGAAACUUUGCAAAAUAUGCUGGAAGCAUUGAAAACGGAAGAAAGAGAUUGCUUGGCAGAGGAGGCAAGGCUCCAAGAAGUUAUUGAUCAAACAUACGAAGUCCCAGAACUGCAACAACACAAGUACGAGUUACACGCUAUCAUUGUUCACUCGGGAGAAGCGAAUCGAGGCCAUUACUGGACUUACAAACUCAAAAAGUCAAUUGAUGGAUUGGAAGAAUGGGAGAAGCUGAACGAUCAGAAUGCAGAUAGAGUUGACUGGCCGAAAGUAGAAUCAGAUUCAUUUGGCACAGGAUCCAGAGACGCCCCAUCAGCAUAUAUGCUCAUGUACGUCAGAUCAGAUGCAGAAUGGCUUGUAUCAGCUGACAAAUUGACAGCUCUUGAAGCAUUUGAAACAAUUCCUCCUGAUCUUCAAGAAAAAGUUCUACAGAAGAGAGACGAGUUCAAAGAGAAACUUCAGCGAUUUCGUGAGAACAAAGAGUUCAACUAUCAACAAUUCUCAGUUGAUUCCCCCACAGUGCAAUCCACGGAAGAGACGCCGAGCUCGUUCAGUUGGUACCGAGACGAGCUCGAGGACAUCGAUAUAGGCGAUGAAAACGCGAAUCCGACUAAAAAUGAUUAUUUGUUGAACGCUCGAUUAGACUCAUAUUCUGUUCCUAUUGCUCCUGACGUAGAAACCUCUGAAAUGAAGAGAAUGGUUAGCCAAAUGUGGAAUCAGAUUACAAAGAUUGCGCCUCGAAAGUAUACGGAUAGCCAGGAUCUUCUUGAUUCAAAUCUUCGUUCAGUCAUGGAAGGAGAAAGUGGAGGGAUCAAUUUCAUCAAUAGUAGACUAGGUUAUGAUAUCCACGAGUUGAGAAGCGAUGCGGAUAACGAUGUUGAGGGUGUUUACAAUGCGUUCAUAAACGAAUACUUGGGAUUGGUGAAAGAUCUUCACGAACUGCAAAAUUCAAAGUUCGUCGUAUUCGUUGGAUUCCAGCUACAAAGAAUUCACGUCCCAGUUUUGAGAUACUUAUUGGUUCGUGCUAUGGCCGUAUCAGAACUUGGUAUUAUUUCUCAACGAGCCAACAACGAACUGAGUGGAAUGUCUUCGAAUUCACAUGAUAAGGGAACGGCAAUGUUGCAAAUUGCAUUAUUGUUAUCUCACUUCUUUGAAUUGGGAGUUAUGAGUGCAUGGGGAUGUCGAUCAUCACUUGAGAAUAUCCAUGUUAUACUUAAUGACUUCAAAAAGAAGAAUUCCAGGGGAUCUGAACAAAUCGAAGUGACGUAUUGUGCGAUGAUUGGCGCCAGAAAUGCACGUAUCUGCAAUGGAUUAUUGAGAGAAAUGGCAUAUUUUUUGGAAUCGUAUUCAAUUUUUUUUGUCAGCCAAAAACACAUUGAAGCUUGCACAGUUUUCUCAACGAUUACAAUGAUUAAACUAAUCAUGCAACAUAUGGCAUCUAAAACGCUUCAACUCAUUGACAUGGAAUUCCAUUUAUCGAAAAAUGAACGUCGAGUUAGAUUUGAAGAUAUAAUCAGGGAAGUGGUAUCGUCGGUAUGCAUCAUUCAUCACUGGUCUAAAAGUUAUUCGAAAGAAAAUGAAAUCAACUUGAAAGAACUGAUGGGUCUCCUCCAUUUGAAAGUCGAGUUUAUGGUUUCGCUCACUUCGUUCGAAGUCGCAGAUCCGAAAUACGAAUGCUUACAAGCGUUUAAGGCAAUGGUUGUGAACACCGUGAUGGACCUAGAACGUGCAUCAAACGAACUAGAUUAUGAUGUACUUGAUGGAGCUGUCGAAUUGAGAGAGCUCAAAAAAUACUUCAAGGAGCUUCAACUAACGGAUGUUAAAGUGAACAAUAUAAUAACAUCAUAUGAUCCAAUUAUAGAAAGUUUAGUGAAAAUUUAGAAAGGAACAUUGCGGAAAGUAACACUACACAAUUCCAUGUUCUCAACCAAUAGUAUUGAUUGAGGUAUUGAAAUGUGAUUUUAUUUUCUGUAAUGUUAACUUUUACAUUAUUAUUAUGUUAAAUUUAACCAAUAUUCAGCACUUCAUUUGAUUAGCAUAUUUUUUUCUUUCAAAACAAACAUAGCCAUUUUCUUUUUUUAUUUACGUUUCCCCCGUUGAGUUUCUAUCAUUUUGCGGUUUAAACUGAGAGUUUCUCCUGUGAGAAUUGUAUCCAUAUUUAGCUCAUUUGGAGGUUUCAUUACGAUUAUAUGUGCGUAUUCUGGUAUAUCGUUAACUCUAAUAUUAUCUUUUAUAUGUAAACUAUCUUCUAUUUUGAAGCAUCAUUCAUUGCCACAUCGGAUAUUCGAGAGUUUAAAUGAAAUUAAAUAUAUCCAUCAUU